AUGAACGGAUUCGGUUACAACGAAGUAUGUGACGAUUCGACGGGAGGGGAUGUACAAAUUAACAAUGAAACUUCUGUUGCAACAAUUAGUUGUAAUUAUACAAUAAACAGUACAGAUUCGUAUCUGGAACGUGAGUACUCCGACAUGUUAUAAUGAAUAAGUUCGAAAUAUUUCUUCGUAAACAUAUUUGUUACGCUGACGUUAUUGUAACCAAACGUUGUUUUAAGAUCAAUUUUAAAAUAUCUAGAUAAGUGAUGAUUGCUUUUGCGCUAUCUAAAUUUUAUUGGAGCUGGAUUUAAUUUAGACGAGUUGUUAAUUGACAGAAAAUAAAAAAGGCGAUAGUUCUCAACUGUAGGAUACGUAGAGUAAUUUAAUUUAUAUUAAUACACAACGAUAUAUUAACACUAAUGAAAUGUCGUUUUUCGAUUGAGCCAAUAUUUCUGGUAAAAAUCAUAAUGUAUAAACAUUUUAAACGCCUAAUAAAAUCGUAAAGCCGUAAAUUUUUCAGUAUUUAUUUUACUUUUUUCAGAUUUUUCCCGAUUAUUAUGAAAACUGCUUGAAAAAUGACUUAACUUCUCAGUAACAAGAUUUAAAAUACAAUAAAAAAGGCCUCUAGGAAUUUUUCGAUUAAAGCAAGGUUUCUGGUAGAUAACACAAUGUUUAAAAAUUGAAAAUUAUGAAAUCGACAUCGUCGCGUUGCACAAAGUUCUGAAAUUUGAAUUAGCUUACAUUAAUUUAUUACCUUCUAAAAGUGAGUUAAACAAUUUACUCAAAAAAUCAAUUCUUAUUAUUUUUUAAGCACUUAAUAUAAAUCUCAGAAUUUUAGUGAUCUCCGUUUUUAAGGAACAGUAAGAAGUUCUAGGGCGGUACUAUUUAAUUGUUUUACAUUUUUCACAAUCUAUUAUGUGUUUGUAAGGGUGCUAUAUUUCAUUAUUUAUUUAAAUUUAAAUUAAUAAUUGUAAAAUACAUAUUUUAUUUUUUUUUCAACCAUGCAUCUAUAAUAAAUUCCUCGAAUUCAUAACUUUUGGAUAUUUAAAUGUUAAAUUGGGACUUUUCGGAUUCUGGAGAAUCCGUCUUUAUGUCACGCACAUCACCUGCAAACACACAAUCGCUUAUACACUUAUUGUAUUAUUAUAUAUUAUUUAGGCACUGUAUUUUAUUUUACACGCUAUAUACCGCGAUUACAGGGUAUUUCAACGGUUCAAACACGGCCUCGUACAAUUUUCCAAUACGAGUGUUCUAAAGUAUCAAAAAUUAUAUCAUAUCAUAAACAUACAUGUAGAAUUUUUUUUUUUUGAAAUACCUUAUUUUUAUUUCUUAUAAAAAACCCGUUUUGUAUAGUUUUUGCGUUUACGUCUAAAAGGCGGAAAAAAUUUCACGUUUGUAUGUCUAUGUGUCCGGAAACGGUGCGUUUACGAAUGGUAAGGGGCCAAGUCCCGUUUCCGGCUGUCAAAACACUCGAACCUCGCCGACGACAACGGGCUAUAGUAUAGGUACGUUUUACAUUUUGCGCAUUUCUCGGAGAAAUGCACACGCCGUAAACCCUCGUCGCGGAUAUGCCGGCUGGUAGAUUAUUAAUUUAUAAUGAGCCCGCAAUUCAAAAACUGCUGUCUAUGUGUAUAUAGUAUACUGGGUAGUUCACUAAAUGUACUGGCCCCACUAUUUUGGUCAAAUUUUGCAUGUAUUCAAAUUCUGAUUUUUAAAAUUUUUAAGUGUGUAGUUAAAGCCAAUAUUUUCCAAUACUAAUUUUUUUUUAGAACAUUCAAUGAAUCAGCCUGUGGCGAUACCAACGUUGGUUUUUUUAAACGAGAAUCUAUAUAUUCUACUUUUAAUUAUGCGUAGGGAAGAAUAGUGGAACACUAAUGAAACCCCGGCUAUACGGCUACACAAAUUAUCACUUAACUACUUUCCCCCCAACUAAAUUUAAAAAUGCAAGAAUAUCUUGUUAACGGGUUGACGUAAAUUAAAAAUGUCAACACCAACAUUUAUUUAAAUAACAACACUGUCUAUUAUACAAUUUUAAUAUAGGUUCUCGUUGGUAUGGCCACAGCUUACUCCUCAAAUUUUGUGACAAAAUCUAAGUAUUCGAAAAUAUCGGCCCUAACUAUAUUUAAACAUUCCAAAAAUUUGAAUUUGAAUUUAAUCAAAAUUUAAUCAAAAGAAUGGGGUGAAAACGCUUAGUGAAUCAUCCUGUAUAUAUUUGACGAUCGAACGACGCUCGUCUGUCAUCGACGACCCAGUCUAUAAUUUCCGGCUUCUGGUUUUUUCCGUCAGAUUUCCCCCCACCCUUCUCCCUACGACGACGCUGGCACGUUUACACACGUUUCGGUCGUAAAAUCGGAAGUGCCAAUGACGGUGGUGGUGGGCGCGCGUGAUUCCAGAGACGGUACAAUAAUAUUAUUAUUGUAGUUCCGAAUUCUUUUGCGGUUUAUCGCAUUAAUUUCAUAUAGAUAGGUACCGCAUUCGCUCGCGUCGAAAACACUCUUCAUACGGGAACGCUCUUCGUACGCUUUUCUUCGAAAACCGUUUUUUAAUUUCUUUCUUUUUUUUUUCCGCACGCCUAUACACUAUUCUACCGACUGCCGACACGCACGGCUUUUAUAGCUACGGCACGCACACGGGGGCUAGUAAAUUUUAUUUCGAUAUAUACAAGAACCUAUAUUAUAUAGCCCUAUAUGUACAACGAGGCACGGAUUUAACGAUCUCAUUUUCGCUAAUAGGAUAGCACGGCCAACAAAAAACUUUUUUUUUUUUCGAAUUCUCCACGAAAAUAGACAUUAUUGCACUGUAUCGUGUGUGCUAUAACAUGCAGCGUCUUCACGUUUUCAGAUAACACUAAAUAUUUCUACCGGAUGACGUUGGAAUUUUAUUCCAUGUUCGAGAUACGAUAGAGGUAAUCAAAUACACACUUUAGAAUACAUUUCAAAACUUUUACCUAUUUCGGUGCUCGCAUGUGGACUAUAGUUUACUUUUUUUUUAACACCAGAUUUAAUUGUUCUUACAUUUUUUUGUACCUUUUUUUUUUGUUAAACAACUAUUUUUAUAAAUACAGCCAUUUAAAGUUGGUUUUUUUAUCGAUUUUUCAUACAAUUUAAAACAUAUGCUAUUAUGUAUGUGUUAUUUUAUAAUUAUCAUUACAAAUAAUUAUUCUCCUGUAAAAUAAUAAUCUAAAUUCCUCACUUUUUGAAGUCAUGCAUUUUAAAUUUAUUGAAAAAUCAUAUAUUUUAAUCAACAUUAAAUAGUUCAAAUAAUGUUUGAUACAAAAAAAAAAAAUAAGUGAAACAAAGUUACUUGAAAAAAUUUAAAAAAUUCGAAUCUAUAUGUGACUAUUCAAAAAGAGUAAUCUGUAUUGCAUAUUUGCACACCAAAAGGUUGAGCGAUUCGAAAUUUAACCUAAAGUGUUUAUUUCAGAUCCCCCUUAUUAACUAUCACCUCUUGAAAACAGUAUUCAAAUCCAAAAUUUGAAAUAUUUAGUGUUACCUAUAAACGCGAAUACGCUGUAUAUUAUAUAAUAUGUAUAUAUUUUUUUUUUGAAUACUUUGACCAGCCCCCUUUAGGCCGAAUGAGCUCAAACUUGGAAAUUAAAGCUUAUUUUCUAUAAAGACUAUUGAAGAAAUAAAAGUCAAGUUGAAUUUAAAUGUCAGUUUUAACAUGUUGUGCGAGGAGUGUAUAUUUUUAGAUUUGAACACCACUAAUAUCCACUGUGACAGAAUUUUGUGCACGCAUAGCGUUAAUAUAUUACAAGUAUAUCAAGGAUGUAUCUUUGUCGAGGUUCCAUUUCUCAACCUGUAAUUAGUGUGAUCGAAUUUCAAAUUUGUUUAACUUUUGGAAGUAUAGAAUAGUUCUAGUAUAGUAUUAAUUAUAUUUUUAUAUAUUUAGAAAUGUAGUGUUGAUUCUCUGCUGCGCACGAAUCAAGGGUGUUUUUAUUUUUUUUAUCUACUCAUAAACACCGUAAGUGAUUAAUAUAAAACAAUAACGGCCAUAAUAAAUAAACGUAGAAAGAACGGACAAAUUUGCGAAAAUAAUUAUUUUAUUAUUUAUUAUUUUUAAUUUUGUUUUUUUAAUGUAAUUCAGUUCAAAAUAUUCGUAGAGAAACACUGACAGAAAACUUAUAUUUAUUUUUUCUAGACGUAAUAGAAUGUUCAAAGCAUUUCAGCCAUUUUUGGAUUGUUAGAUAUAUAAUUGUUAGAAUAGAUAUUUAAAUUUGCGAGUUUUUAAUGUGAUUUUUGUUUGGUAAGUAUUCUGUGGAUACAAUUUUUAGACUAAACAGAAAUGAAUGUACAUUUGAUAGACGUAAUUUUAUGAAUUGUAGUAAUUAGUAGUAAAAAAAAAUUUUGUAUAAUGUAGUUUUUUUUUUCUCAAAGUCAUAAAUAUUACGGUCUUUCAAAUCAUGUGUAACCAAACUUUGCUCCAAACAAUUUUUCAUUAGCAAUGAUUUAUUGUUGGUUACAGAUAUAAAUUAAAUGUAUCCCGCCUUCCCAACUACCCAUCUACAACAGUGCCCGCACCCGUCUAGUAUCAGCUCUUAUUGGUAUUUACGUUUUGUUUUACCUCAUUACGGAUACGGUGACAUAAACUGAAAAAAAAACUAGUACAAAUAAAACGAAAUAUUAUCAGUAGUGAUGAGUUUGGUGACCACUCCGCCGAGUGAAUUUUGAAAAAGCCGAGCCUUCAUACUUUAACCUUCCAAACAAAAAUCCGCUUCCUCUGUCCAUUAUUGCAAUUUGAAUGUUUUCGAUUACAGCGGUAAAACAAAUCAUUGAAACUUUUUGGAAUUUACACUAAAUAGUUUUAACCUGCAGUAUAUUGUUUUCAAUAAAACUACAAAUUCGGUUUACAUGUUUUAAGUGUGCGCGUUUUAAAAUAUUUUAACUUCAUUCUUUUAUUUUAUUUUUUUCUUGUCGUUAUUGAUUUUCAGCCACAAUCCUAUACGACGUGCCCGUGAGCAUAAUCGUCCUCUUAUCCAUGUUCUACGGGACGAUCUCAGUGAUGGCAGUGGUUGGCAAUGCUCUGGUUAUAUGGAUAGUGUCGUCCAGCGUACGGAUGCAUAACGUGACGAAUCUAUAUAUAGCAAAUUUGGCACUGGCCGACAUCGUUAUUGGACUGUUCUCUAUACCAUUUCAGGUGGGUAGUAGGUAUAUUUUUAUAAUAUCCGUAAUUUAAUACCAAAUUUGCUAAAAUAUGAGAUUUACUCAUUAUAUUUGAUUUUUAUCACGUGCCAAAUAAAUUAAGGUACCUCGUUGCCGUUGAACCACGAAAACGGUAAUUUAAUCCAUCUGCCAACUGCAGCUGUGAAACUGUCUUCAAAACACCGAAGACAAUUUCCGUUCAUCGUUCAUCGCAAGUUUCCAUUUUAUUCACGUGAAAUUCAAUUUUGGGACCAUUUAAAUUUCUGUUUUAGCAGUCGGUCCCUCUAGGACAGGUUUUAUGGAUAAAAAUGAACACAUUUUAUAUAGGAAUAAAUCACGAUCAUUCAGAGUGUUGAGCGGUAGACAGAAAAAUAGAUCAAAAAAUCAGAGUAGCAAAAAUUAUAAUCCUUAGAUGGAUGAGUGAGGUGACAAGAAAAGAUAGGUAAAAUGAUGAGCAUAUAAGAGGUAGUUUGGGCGAGGAAACGGGAAUUAGAGACAGUAAGAAUAUUAUAAUAAAAAUAAUUGUAAGGAUAAGGGGAGGAGAGGAAGACCUCGAAAUAGGUAGUUAAAUGUGAUUGAGAAUAUGAGGACAGUGGGUGUAUGCGAGGACGAUGUGGAGAAUUUAAAAUGUGGUUAGCCAACCCAAAUAGUUGAGAUGAAGGCGAAGUAAAAGAAAAUAGUACCUGUAUCAUGAUUGUUGGAGUCAAUUAGCCAAAAUUUAUUAUUGCGGUUAAACUGAACGUAGAUUGUUAUUUCCACCUUAUACAACGCACGUAAAUUUCAAAUUCCCAAAUAGGGUUUUUGAAAAUUAGCAUUAACUUUUUCGAUUACCCAUAUUCAAAAUGUGUGUGUAUUACUGCUGUUUAGACGUAAAUUUAACAAAAGCUGGAAAGCUGAGGCUGGAGUUUUUGACAAUUAAUAUCCUCUAUCCUUUCUAUAACAUCAAUAAUUAGCAUUUGCAAAUGCUUUUUUCCACUGGAAAAUUAAAUGUACCAUUACUGUGCAUCUGGAUAACGGGAUCAGUUUUAAACAAAUACAAAAAAAUACUAAUAUAUUGGGUUUUAUGAUGUUAUAGUUUCAGGCAGCCCUUUUACAGCGAUGGAAUUUGCCGGAAGUAAUGUGUCCGUUUUGUCCAUUCGUACAAGUGCUGUCGGUGAACGUGAGUAUUUUUACUCUAACCGCGAUCGCAAUCGAUCGUCACCGAGCCAUCCUCAGCCCGCUUAGGUUCGUAUCUUAUGUUCGAAAACCAAAACCAAUAUCAUUAUACUAUUAUAUAUAAAACUAUUUAUUUAAUUGUAUUUUUGUUCAUCUACAGUGCAAUGCCUUCGAAAUUCCGAGCAAAAGUGUCAAUUGGCGCUAUAUGGACGAUAGCUUUCGCUCUCGCAACACCAAUGGCGGUCGCCCUUCGGGUGACGUUAAUCGAAUACGAAGACGAAGGUUAGUAUAAUUUAACUAAGGGAUCAACAAACUGGUAAAUUAACGGAUUUGUCUGAAAAAUUAAAAAUGUUUACAUAAACUACUCAUUAGGUUUCUAAACAUGAGUUUAGAUACCUAUUAUAUUCUCGUUGUGUCCAUCCAUCCGUCUAUCCGUCCUUAGUUACUAGUAGGUACAUAGUUACAAUUUUUGAUUUUCGUAAUAUUAUCAUUGUUAAUUUUAAUAUGAGUAGCUUUAGUAGUAUAGUAUAGUAUAAUAGCUAUAGCUAGUGUAUAAAUGUAUACUAACUAGUAUUAAAAAAAUAUAGGCACAUAUUAUAAACACCUAUUUUAAGAAUUUUUAAAUUAUCCUGUCAACUAUGAAACACAAAUUAAAAUAUUUAAUUUAUAUAGGUAAGUACACUAAACUUUAUAUACUAGUCAGAAGCAGUUAAACGACGAGAGAGAGAAGAGAAUAUAUCCCCCAUGGCCUCAAUUCCUUUUGAUAUUUAUAAUAAUAUAUAUAUAUAUGUAUAUAAUAUAUUAUUUAUUUUAUUAAUAAAACAAUUAUUAUUCUUAUUCUCUCCUUCGUGAUUUAAUCAUUUAACCGCCACAAUUUUUUUUAAAAUUAUACAUAGAAUAAUUAAAAUUAAUUGUUUAAAUUACGUUUAGAAACCGGAAAAUGUACAAGCUCACAAAGUGUACUUUCCUAACAUUUCUUUUUUUAAAAUUGAAACAUUAAUAACUUUCGGGCACAUAGGUCAAAAACUUUCAUGUUUCAACCCAGUAUAUAAUUAUUUCAACACAAAAUAGUGCUAAAUUCAAAGAGUUUUUACAUUUCCUUAAAAAACAAAAAAAUCCAGAACAUUUAUAUUUUCGUUUGCUCCUGAAAUAGUUUUAUCUUAUUCGAAUAAUACUUAUCUCAAAUUCUAAAACCGUUUUUGCGUUUAAGACUGGCCUAAAAGAAAGGUCAGAUCAACAAAAUUUCCUCCCCUACCUUAACAACAUUAUUUUAGUGAACAUUGUAGAAAAGAGGAAAUCUCGAAAAUAAUAUUACAUAGUAACAAGCCUAAAACUAAUUAAAUUAAGUCUACAGUUUUCAUCCGAUACGUUUGCCGGAAAUUAAUAUCACAAUGUUAUCUUCAGUUUAAUAUAGAACGGUUCCUUCCGAACAAUCGCAAUUAAAAAUGUUGUACCUAUAUAUAUUACUUUACGUGUCCCACAGGUAUUUAUUUAUUUAAUGCAGUUUAACCUUAUGAUACUCGGAGUAGUAAAUCUUCGUGGGAAAGUUUGCACUUUGAAAUUAUCUUGGCGCCACCAUUCUUAUUAAAGUUAAUAAUAUAUAUAAGCCGUGACAAGAUUUUUUUUUCAAGAAAAUUUGAAAUCAGUAGUCGGUUUCUUAAUAAAAAAAAAAUAUAUUUCAUGAAAUUUCGCAUAAAACUUAAUGAGAACGAUUUAAAUAUUUAUUUAUUUAUUUAUUUAUAAACGCCAGUCGGCAAUUUGGUGAUUACAUUUAUGAUUUGGUUUACAAGCAAUAGUUUUUAUAAUAUAAUACUAAUAUAAUUCACAGUAACAACGAAAAUAAUGCAGAGACAACAAAAUAUAAAUAAGAUGGUGACAUAUUACCACCCUACAAAAAUAUUAAAUUAAAUAUAAAAACAUUACAACUAUUCGUACAUUUAAUAUUUAUGGUUAAAAUCAAAAUAAAGGUUAUUUAAAUUACGAAGCGUUCUAUGUAAGGAGUGGUUAUUACCGUAGGAUGUACUGUGGGCUAGUACUGGGAAGAGAGAGUGAUGUCUGGAGGGAGAAGAAGAAAACUUACGUUUGAUAGGAUAUGAGGAGCAUUUAUGGUGCCUCUUAAGAGUGAACAAAUAAAUUGCACGUCAGUGUUUUUUCAGCGGGAUGAAAUUAGUGGAAUUUCCAAUAUACUAUAAAUUAAGGAGCUGCCGUGUGAUGGGUGUGCUAUUUUGAGGAUAUGGGCUGCGUAGGAAAAAAACCUAUUUUGGAUAUGCUUGAGUCUUAAUUCAUCUUAGGCCAAGUAAGGACACCAUAAUACCACUCAGUAUUCUAAUAUUGAAUGAACUAACGCGGAAUACAAUAUCCGGAGGCCAACGAGCAGAAGAAAAAUAAGCGGUGUUACGCUUAAUAAAUCCCAAGACUUUUAAUGCUUUACCUAAGGUUACAUUUAUGUGAUGAGAGAAUGAUGACAUUAUGAUGGAGAAGAUGUCAAUGCUUCCUCUUUAUGGCUAAUAUGAGUAGAGUUUUGAUUAACGUUUACAUUUUGCUGUUAUUUCUGAGAAAACAAGAUAAUCAGAUAACGACUUGAUUCGCUUAUAAACCGCAUGGGCUUUCUUUCGAUUAUGAGAUUUUGAGAAUACUAGAUAUCCAUUUAGGGAAUUUAAAAAAUAAAAAUAAUUUAAUGGUAACGAACUUAUUAAUAGCGCUUAGAAGUGCAUCGUUAAAGACAACAGCAGAAUCAUCAACUGAGUAGAGAGAAAAGGUAUUUUUCUAAUCAAAAGAACCCAAAUAUUAUAGCAUAGAUUCAUAAUCAAUAUUUGAAUAAUCUCGAUGUUUAUGAAUUCUUGAGAAGUUAUGGUUGAUUGAACAGGGAAACAUGCAAAUAGAGGAGGGUUAUAUUGCAAAUAAAAUUUUCAGUGCUGUUUAACUACGAAAUAUUUAUUGAACGGUCUUCUUAUAAAUAUUUAUUUUUAAUUUUGUUAUCGUGUAUAACACUUCAUAACAACUUUAUUCAAUUAUUUUGUGACUGAGGCGCAAUUCUGUACGAUCAUAAAAACCUAUAAAUUAUAAGUAAUAUGCCAGUUUCUUCAUUCUAAUCUUCGUCACCACGAUGCACAGCGGUCCUAAAAGAAAAAUAAAUUGAAUUGAACCGUGAAAAUUAAAGUAAAUUAAUACAAAAAAUUUAACGUAAAAUGAAUAUAAAGUAAUUAUAUAAAUUGCAUAGAAAAAUACAUGGUUUUCUAAGAAUUAAUAUUAAAUUUUGUUGUGGUUUUUAAAAAAGAAGUGCAAAAUACUGUGAUAAUCUGUAUUAGAUAUAAUUCUAUAACUCCUCUUAAAGAGGAAUUUAAAAUUUUCAGCUGUGCAUAAAUCUCUGUUUAAAAUUUAAGUUUUUUAAGUUUUAAUUUAGUUUAAUAUGAAUAAAAAUUUUAAGUUGAGUAUAAUUAAGUAGAUAUUUUUAAUAGUAAAAAAGUAUUUUUUUUUUUUUUUUAUAUUUAUAAGCGUUUUAAGCUGACCGCAAGUAUAUGUAUCGAAAGUCGUAAAAAUUACAGAAUUUCAAAACAAGUAUAACCAAUAUUCACUCCUCGUUAGAAAUAAAUUGUUCAUAUUGUCUUUCUAUUUUAUUUGUUUUUUUACCGCUCUUUAAGAAUAUAGACUUUCUAAUUUAAAAUAAACUUUAAUUAUCUUGUAUUCAAAACAUUAAAUGAAAUUAACGGUUUGGAACUUUUCAUUUUUUAUUAAUACCUAUUAAAUUAUUAUAACACUGUAAUAUUUGAUACGGAUAAAAUUAUUAAAUAUAAUAUACAUGGAUAUUGGAUAAAAAAGUGUGCAUCAAACGCAACCUGUUCAAUAACUGUAAUAUUACAGAACCGCGAUAGAUUAUCGAACCUACAGUUUAUAGAACUGUUUACAUGCUGUUUACUACACUAAACAAGUUCAUUAUUAUUAUCAUUUUAGAUUCUGAGGGGUGCGAAAAAGCUUAUGGUAACAAAGAUAUUUAUUUUUUUUAAAUUUUUUUUUUUUUUUUCCUAUGGACAACUUUUGUACCAGAAGUCUUGCUCCGAUUUUAAAGUGUAGCACUUUUUCUAAAAGGAAAUCAAACUGGACAGAUACGUAAAAAAUGUAAUUUUUUGAUUUUCUCAGAAGUUUUCCCAAUAAAUGGAAAAAACAUGGGAAACCGGGAAAUACGUAGGAAAAACGGGAAAAUAGAUACAAUAUUAAACAAAUAUAAUUAAAGAAGAUAUAUAAUGCGUAUGUAAUUAUUUUUACAAAACAACACUAUCAAUUGAAUUCCGCUCAAAAUCGUUUUUUUUGUUAGCAAUGGUUUAUCAUUGUUUACAGAUAUGCAUUAAAUUUCCCCUCUACUACCUUUACAACCUUUCACCAACAACAGUGGCCCACCCACGUAUGAAAUAUGUCCGUAUUUUUAGCUUUUAAUAGGCAUACUUCAUUUAUUAUACUGUCGCCUCUAUUUUCAAUAAUAUUAUAUAGUUACUAUUCGAAAAACUCGAUGCAAUCGAAAGCUAUACAUGGUGAGCGAACGCGUUUUGUCUUACCGCUUUAUCGAAUUUUUUCUUUUUCUAAAGAUUCUUUUGAAAUAUUUAACUUGUGUCAUCCGAACAAAGCGCUCGUCCUGUAAAAGGUGGAACCAUACGCCAUUUUCUUUUAACAGGAGUUAUUUUAUUUACCAGGGGGAGCCAGGGAGGUGCAUAUUGUGCAAACGGGACUGAAAUACCGGUAAUAGAAAUUAAUUAGACCACGUUCUUUAUUUCUCCUCAUAAGCGCGUUUUUAUAAUAUUUUGUACUGUGCCAAGUCUAUUACCUAUGUUACUCUUAUUAUUUUGCAGACGGCCGGAAACUGGUGAAACCAUUCUGCCACAACGUCCGGCUUCCUGACCACACGAUGCUGUCGUAUAGAGUGACGUUGCUGUUCGUCCAAUAUCUGGUGCCCGUGGUUAUCAUCACGGUGGUGUACAUGCGAAUGGCCUUGAGACUUUGGGGGUCACAUGCGCCCGGCAAUGCCCAAGACAGCAGAGACGCCAAUCUGAUGCGGAACAAGAAAAAAGUAACUAUGAUUAUUAUUUUAUUUUUUUUUUGAACAUAAUAUAUCCGAUACUACAUCGUACAUGGAUUUUUUUUUCCAACGAAAUUCAUGGAAAUGCAAUUUCACAAAAAUAAAAUUGUUUAAAAAUAAUUUGCACUGCAUUUACAGAUAGUAAAUAUAAGUCGCAUAAACCAAAUUUAACGAUAAACUGGAUGGAAUAUUAAUACCACAAUCAUUAAACCGACCUUAAGUCCAUCACUGUAGAUUAUUCACUGCAGUACGCACGUCAAUUAUUUUAGGACCCUAAAUUAAGGGUCGAACUUUCCCAAAAUAUAUCGAAUCGGUAUUAAAUAUUAAUCCAACUUACCCGUUUUCAUAUCUGUAUAUAAUAAUAAUUAUAAAUUAAUCAUCUAUUAAUUCACUCCAUUUACCACGAGAAUGGACACGAGAUUUCGACAAAAUUGACUUCCCGCGCUCGUUCGAUAACACACUCAAUAUUCAAUUAUCAACUAUUUUGUACACUUUCGGUAAUAUAGUGAAUUUUAAUCGUAACUACCGUACAAUGGUACAAUGACUUAAAUGCAGUUAUUCACAGACAAAAAAAAAGACAAGUAUACUUUAGGUAACUAAGAUACUUUAGGGAGGUCGUUUUUUGAUUUUCCCAGGAAUUUUCCCAAUAAAUAGGAAAAAACAUAGUCAAACCGAAAUAAUUGUAGGAAAAUAAGUACAAUAUUAGAUAUUUAAAGAAUUAUUAAAGAAAGUAUAUUAUAUAUUAUUUUACCAUAAUACGGCAUACAUAUUAUUGACAAAACAAUACUAUCAACCAAACUUCGCUCAGAAUAGUUUUUUCGAUAGCAAUGGUUUAUCGUUAUAUAUACCUUAAAUUUCUCCUCUUUAUUACCUUCCCAACUUCUCACCAUUAUCAGUAGCUGUACCCGUCCCCAAUAUCAUAGGACAUUUUUUUUUCCUUUGAACCGUGAACCGGAGGAAUAUUAAUUUCCUAUUACAUCCGUGGAUAAUGGACUUAUAGUUAUUUGAAUAUUUGUAUUAUCGUUACUAAUAAUAUUAUACAAACACAGUAAAAUUGUAAGCUGUUAUAUUUUAGAAAUAAGACAAAUCUAUAAUAGUAAAAAAAUGAAAUGUACCCUGAGCGGUCCUUGAGAUAAAUCGCAUUAAAGUAGAGCUUAUCUCAUAAACCGAAAUAAUUGAAAUGCAGAAAAUUUUACUGGCCCUUAGACUAUAUUUAGGUCAAGUUAGGGUAUAAUACUUAUAAUGAUAUUCGGUCUAUGGUAACCUUGUUGUUUUAAAACAUCUUGUUAUCUUUUGAAGGAUUUGUUAUUGAAAAAAAAUUAAGCCGUAGUUAAAAACAUAAAUAAUAAUAAGGUUUGUAUGAAAUCACGUGUGCAUAUUCGACGUCACGUAAUAAAAAUAAUACUCGUAUGUAGAAUUCAAAAACGUUAAAUAAAUAUCCAAACAAAUCCUUUAAAUCACAACAUAUUAAAAUAAUAUUAAUUUUUAAAAAAUAAGUAUACCUGUAUUUACUUAUAUUAUAAUAAUGUUAAAAUAUGGAACAUUGCCAUUAUAGUAUUAUAAUAACAAUAAGGACACGGAAGUUGUAAUGUCGCAUACCGACUAUUUUUGUAUAUAAAGUAGGUAAUACCUACUAGGUAUAUUAUAUUCACUAUUUAGAGCAGAUCUGCAGACCAUAGUCUAAAACCAUUUCUAUACGCUUAUUGUAUUAAUGAGGAGUACAUAAAACGCGUUUUUAACAUAUUAAUAGAAAAAAAAUAAAUACGGACAUACUUCACACCACAGGUGAGCCACUUUUGUAGCUGAGAAACUGGGAAGGUAAGAUAAACAGGAGAAUUUAAUUUAUAAUUGUACGACAUUAUUAAUCAUUACUAACGAAGAACAAUUCUGAGCAGAACUCGGUCAAUAAUAUAUUUAUUUUUCAACAAUGUGCAUUUUCACGAAAACGACUGUUUACAAAAUACUAAAAGACUAAAAUAAUAAAUAAAAAGCCGGGUAACUUCACACGUGGGUGAGGCACUGUUGUAGGUGAAAAGUUGGGAAGGUCGAAAAGGUGAAAUUUAAUGUAUAUAUGUAAGCAACGAUAAACAAUUGAUAACGAAAAAAUAUUUUAAACGAAAUUCUGUUGCUAAUGUUUCUUUGUCAACAAUAAUAUAUAUGUCAUAUUGUGGUGAAAUAAUUACAUAGACAUUACUUACGUAUAUUUUUUUUUAUAAUAUUUGAUUAAUAUUGUACCUAUUUUCCAUUUUUCCUACAUAUUUCCAGGUUUUCCUAUGUUUUCCCGGUUUCUAUCAUUUAUUGGGAAAACUCCAAUUCAAAAAAUGACUUCCUCAUAGUUCAUCCCUAGUCAGAUUUCCUUUUAGAAAAACUACUAUCAUUGUAAAUCUGAGCAAAAUUGCAGGUAGAAAAGUUGUCCAAAGAAAAAAAAAAUCUUUUUAAAACUAUAAGCUUCUUGGCUCCAUUCAGAAUCUAAAACAGUUAUUAAUGACAACCUUAUUUUUAAACUUCUAAUUUCUUUUAAUCUAAAAACCAAUUUUUUUUUUUUAUUAUCUAGAAUAAUAAUGAAAAUUGUAUUCAGGUCAUGAAAAAAACCUGUUUACAGUACCAACUAGAGCCAAAAUAAAUGAAAAGGUCUAUGACAAUAGUGUCAUGUUUUGUUUGGAGCAAGGUUUCUUGGGUAAAACGAACACACACAAUAAUAACAAAUAUAUAAACAUCAUUUUAAAACUAAUAUAUCCCUCGCUUCAAUGUAUAUUUCUAAAUUUUUUUGUAUUUCUACACGUAUUUUAUAUUGAGAGCGUAGCUAGUAUGUAUUAGUUUCACAGUGAGUUUUUUUAUUUUUUUUAUUUAUCUGUGAAUAACUUUUCCACCAGAAAUCUUGUUCUGGUUUCCAAGUAACAUACUUUUUCUGAAAAAAAACUUUAUCUGAGGUGGUUCUUUAAAGAAGUUAUUUUUUUUAUUUUCCCAGGAGUUUUUCCAAUAAAUAGGAAUAAUCGGUAAAAAUAGAAAAAUGUACUAGUAAGUAUUACGGCCUUUUUUUUUUCUAUGAAUAACUCUUCUACUAGAAAUUUUCAAAUGUAUCACUUUUUCUGAAAGUAAAUUUAACUGACGCGUAGUACUUUGAGGCGGUAUUUUUUGAUUUUUUAGCUAUUUUCAUAAUAAAUGGGGAAAACGUAAGAAAAACAAGACAAUUUACUUAGGUACAUGUAUAAAAGAAACUUCACUCCUAAUCGUUUUUCGAUGACAAUAGUUUAUCAUUACUUAAGGAUAUAAAUUAAAUUCCCCUCUAUAUUCUACCUUCCUAUCUUCUCAUCUACAACAGUAACUCAGCCAUCAUGUGAAGUAUGUGUGUUUUUAUAAAUAUUAUGUCAUUAGUUUUUUGGAAAAAAUAUUCAAUGUACUUAAUUUAACCAUAAAUACUAGCAACUGAUACUAAUAUUCCACCAAAAUUUCGUUUAAAUGUUUUUAAUAUAUAAAUUUUAUAACUACAAUGAAAAUUACAAUACUGACAAUAAAAUAUUUUCAAUAUCAAACAAUCGUGAUAAAUUUAACCUCAAAGCUAAUAAAAUGUACAUGAAUCACUGAAUGCAACAAGAGCACAUGUUCAUAAUUUUCAUAAAAUCACAUUCUUAUAGAUUUUUCUUUAGAUUCGACAAAUACAUCGUUCUACGCCAACGAGACAUUUAUCUAGUUUACUGGUAUCAUUAUAAUUUAUUUAUGAUGUGAAUUAUUUCAAUUAUUUUCUUCAAUUUUUUCCAGAAAUAUUAAGUUUGUUGUCUCUCUUAAAAAUUUUAAAUGUGUACAUGUGCCCUUCUUGCAUUUAGUGAUUCCACAUAUGGUUUCAUAGAAUAAAAUAUAUUUAAAUGAAUAAAUGCACUGUAUAAAACCUCAUUAAUUUAUAUUUAUAUUUUUUUAAAAUAUUUUUUAUUACCGGCACGAUUAUUUGGUGUCUUAAAUGUGACUAAAUGUGUCUUAAAUUGUGUUUAAAUGUAAAAUUUAAAUUUAAGAAUUUAUAGGUACAUAAUAAAGCGGUUGAAAACUUCGUUGUUGAAAAUAAUAAAAUACCGAUAUGUAGAAUUUCAAUUUCGUGCAAAUGCAGUAAAACCAAUGAAAUCGAUUUGUAGACAUUACACGUGUCACGUACAUUUUCAAAAGAACAGUAUAAGUACUUUGGUGUACGAAUAGUUGUUCAUUGUUGUAAUGCAAUAUUGCAUACUAUGCAGAACGUUCUUAAGACACGUGCUUACCAUAUUUUAAAAGGAUUGCAAACAGUCCGGUUUUUUUUUUUCUGUACCAUGAAGGCAUAUUUUCUUUCCGUAAAUCCAAUGAAUGAUACAAAUUUAUGAAAACAUAUUUUUAUUCUUCGCCUUCCUAUGCACAACUUAAGAUCAUCGCUAAAAUAUUGAUUUAUAGUUUUUUUCAUAAAAAAACGAGAAUAACAAACAUUAUUUAUAAUUAUAAGAAUAGAAGGAUAGACAGAUUGCGCUCAGACGUCAAUUUAAAUAAAUAAACGAAAAGUGGGAAGUCGUUUUCCCACGACUGAUACAAUAUAGAAUCUAUAUCAAUUUCUUCUAUUCCUUAAUCCCUUUUAUUUACUUUAAAAAUUUUGAUUUGUUCGUUUAUGUAGAUAUAACUGCUAUGAUAGGCCUUAAUAUUGUUAUUACUAGGAAUGAGCUGAUUCUAAAUCUCGGUUUUUCGGUGAUAUCAGUGGCGUAAUAUGAGCUACAUCUUGGGAGAUGAUGGCCCAUUUUUGAAAAUUGUAUAGAAGGAGGAGGGAUAUGAACUUACUAGUUAGUAACUAAGACUUAUUUUCAGAAGGGAAACAAGUAAUGUUUAAAUUAUAAAUAGUCAUCACAAGUAUAAUAUUUAUCUUAAAUUUAAAAAAGACCUUUUUAAAGUAGAGAAGUAUGUUCAGGCAUGGUAGUCGAUACGGGCAAUGUACAUAAAGCUUAAAUAUAAAAACAGUCAGGGGGGGGAGAUUUGAGACCCACCUUCAUGAUCACUUUAAUUUUAAACAUCUGUUCUUAAGGAACUUAAGAAACGAAUAUUUAUAAAUUAUAACACUCUGAUUAUAAUGUUUUAUCGGUUCUAGUUCUUAUUUUUUUAUGUGGUCUCACCGGUUUUGAUAAUUUUUUUUUGUAUUAAUAAGUAUCGAUUUUUUUGGAACAAUGCAUGAUUACUGUAUUCACCAUAAACGCAAAUAGCAUUUAAAAUUUGAAGGGUCUGAAGUCCUGUCUACAAACGAGAAUAAUUUGGGUGUUUGUUACACUCGAUUUCAAAUAUUAUAUACUUUUGCCUUUUUAACUACAAUAGAGCUUACUACACUUAUUUAAAAAUAUACUAUUUCAACUAUAGUCUAUAACAGUAAAGUAUGUUCAGAACUGUUUAUUAAAACAUAUAAUAUACAUUAUACACACAUAAAUACUUCGGUAUUAUUAUUAUUUAUUUAUUUAUUUAUAUUUUGCCUUUAGAAAUAUUCAAAUCAAUGAAAGUAAACAAAUUAUAGCUACGUGAGAUGAUAUAAUUUUAUUUCUGUGAUUUUGUCGAUUCAAAUGCGUUAUAUUGAGGAAAUUAUUCAACUUUGGUGUGGUGCCUAACAGUCAGUAUAACCUCAAUAUUGUCUACAGAUAUGCUUUUAUAUAACUCUUGUGUAAGUAUAACAUUACAACGGCACAAUAAUAGCUCUUUUUGAUUCCCAUAUUAUAUUAUUAUUAUGUACGCUUUUCCCUCUUAUCCUCUCCAAAUUUGAACUUAGUUUGUCCGUUUUGUCGUGCUACAAAUGCAAUAUACCUAAAUAUCUACCUAUAAGUUCUGAAGGAAAUUUACAUAGAAUCUCUCAUAGUACGUAGGGGAAAAGUAGUGCAUCACUAUUCAAACGCUGUACGUGCUGUGCUUCCACGAAAAUAAAGCCUCACUACUUUUUCCCGCACUCAAACUUAAAAGAGGAAUGGGUUAAUGGGUUGAUGGAAAUUAAAAAUUCAAACACUAAAAAUGUAUUUAAGCUAAUAAUCCGUCUAUUUAUGAAACUUGUAUAUAGGUUGCCAUUUGAAAAUCAAAAAUAGGUUGUCGGUUCAAUCCCAGAGUUAAGGUUAACAUAAAAAAUAAUGACACUGUUACAUUUUGGUGCUACUUGUUUCUUAAAUUGUUAAAAAAAAUGUUCCGAAAAAAGUUAAUACUUUACAAGAUAUCACGAUGGUUAUAUCUUCGAGGUGCACCCUGUGUAGGUAUUAAUGACAGAAUAUUAUGUUAUCGUAUAAAAUGAACUAUAAUAUAUAUACCACGAUCAAUAGAUGUUAUUUUAAAGCGAUUUAACGUUGUGUCGUAGGUAUUAUAGCAUCCGUUACGUAUAAAACUCAUAAUAUUCAUAUAGUUUUCGUAAUUUUUAGAAAAAAUAAACAGAAUUUUUGGGUAUAAAGCUAAGUUCCAAAACGUAAUUUCUAGCUGAAUAUUAACUAUUUUUCUACGUGGAUGAAAGGAUAUUUUUUAGUGAAUAUCCACUGUGUCAAUCCCCUCUCUCUUAAAAAAAAUUUUCACAUGACCAAACCUUUUUCUUAACUUCUGGGAUUUUCUCAUUAACCCUUCUCCUACAGAGUAUCUCUUACAUAAAAUAUAAUAUUUUGUUACGAAAUCUACAAAUUCAAUAAUUUACUAUUUAUUUUCUAGAGCACACAGUAAACAAAAUAUUUCAUCCUUCUAUCCUUCUAUCCACUUAGACACAAAAAGUCCCCUUAAAAAUUCCGGAUGAUAAAUAACGAUAUUCGCACAAAAUCACACUAAUAUAUUCAUAUAGUAAUGGUACACUAACGAUUUACAAAUAAAAAAAUUCCGAAAUUUGCAUUUAAGAAGGUACUGACGAAACGCAACAUUAAUUUAUUAGUCUUAAAUUUUAUCUUCGGAACGCAACAGUUCAUUAUGAACUUCAAUGAUUAUGAAUGCACUUUGUAGAAAGUAAUAAGCCGUUCUUAUUAUAUAUUAGAUGCAUAUGAGAUUAAAUUCUUCCGAAAGUAAUUUACUAUACAUAUAUACGCUUUCCACAUAGAACGAAACUAUAUUAAUAUGUACAGGAAGUUUUUAAUAAAAAAUAAAAAUAAUAAAGCACUGUGAUUAUUAUAGUAUUAUACGUGUACUAUUAUGAUAUAUUACUUUAAAACUUAAAACUUCUUUAAUAAAUAAUUGCAUAUAUUAUUUCGAUAGUGCGCACUGAAUCUGAAAAACUGAAAAGGAAAAAAUGCACACGUUUCGCUAAUUAAAACUGAAAACAAUCAUUAGGCAAAGAAAUUUUAAAAACUUAACUUGUGAACUAUAUUAUACGUAAGUAUUACAAGUAAAUAAUAAUAUCGAAGUGAGAAAUGUUUUUAAGUCGGGUUUCCCGAACGACAAUAUUCUAUCUCGAUUAAUAUAUAAGAAGUAAACCUAUCUAUUUAUUUUGUUCUUACCCGUUAAACUAUAUUUCCUACACAAUCUGUUCUGGAAAUGUGAACCAUUAAAAGGGUUCACGAUUUUAAUUAUAGUCAAUAAGUUGUAUUUUCUAGUAGAUUUUAACGAACAACGGUGAAUUAAAAUAACUAUCAUAGUUUUUAAAUGGUUUAAAUGUAUUUAAAUGCGGUCAAUACCAUAGUUAUUUACACCAGUAGAUAACCGGUAGAUCAGUAUGAACAACUGCAAGUCCCCAAAUUGUACUAUCACUUUGAGGUAUAGGUACCUAAUCUAUUUAUUUCUUAGACUACGCCGAAAUUGUCACGUACGAACAAUGCAAGUCAUGUGUUACAUGGUCGACUUAGUAUAUAGUGUCUAAACUAUUUUUUUAAACUUUAUUUUUUUUUAUUUUUAUAUUCAGUGAUCUGUGUGUGCGUUUGGUUUUUUUCGUAAACUUUUUGGCUCAGUGAAUAAACCCGGAUACUUGAUGGGUUUGAGAAGGCUUAGUGUACCACAAAAGAGGUGGAAAAUGUUAAACAUUUUCGAAACUCGUUCAAAUUUAACGUACCUUCCAACCUACCUUCCACCCAAUGCGUUGCUUAACCCCUAAGGAAUAUUAUCAACUUUUUCAUGUACAUAGAAUGAAUUUCAUAUUAUUUAUAUUUAUUGCAUUAAUGAUGCGAAAUUCUGCAAUCGAAGUAUAUACAAAACGAUCGGUUAGUUCGUAAUUUGUUUGAAAUGUAUUCGAUAAGAGUAAAACUAUGUGUAUAUUCAGUUCGUCAAGUUAUUAAAUGACCGUCUAUUAUGUAAUUAAGCUUACGAACUGUACAAGAGAUUACAUUUAUUUUAUUUUUUUUUUUUUUUAUUUUUUUAAUUGCAAAACUUAGUAUGACGAUGACUUUAUUCUGAUUAGUCAAUAGUUCGAGUAAUAUUAAGUCGGGCAAAUUUGUUCGAAAUCAAACAACGAAACUAUAGAAAUCAAUCGAAAAUUCCUAAUCGAAUAGUUUAUGGCCAGUGUCAGUUAUAUCAUAAAUAACCUUGCCUAAUAAUAUAAUAUAUUAUAGUAUUGUGUUGAAAUUUGCGUUUAUUAUAGUGACUUUUUGCCGUUUCUCACAGUCGCUCAGCAUCACGUUUUACAUAUUAUAUACGCGCAAGCACGUAAAAUACUACUGUACGAGUCGGAAUAUCUUAUUACUAUUCUAAUAUUAUUAUUCGAAUAAUCAUUGGAGUCGAAACACUCGAAACGAUUCGGAUCUUGGCGUAUUGAUAAUUUAUUUUAUAAUAUUAAUUCGAUCGCACGGACUCCGACAAUAAUAAAUUCACAAACGGUGUCAUCACUCCUAUUACACUGCACCAUUUCAACAGCGGAUUUCCAAUAUUAUACUUACCUACCGGAUACCUCAUCCCCCCUCCCAUAAACUUAAUGGUUAUUCCUGUGUCCGUGCGAUGUUUAUAAUAUUUGCGUAUUGUGCUAUGUCGAAAAUAAACUUACUUAUCAUCGUAAAUUGUAUUGUGUUGUAAAGUCGGACUGCGAACUGUUGUUAUUCUGGGGCCCAUUCUAACACCGCCAACUCGGGAAUCUCGAUUCGUACCUAAUAAAUUCAGCGACCCGGACACAAAAGUCCGUUUUAGUGGAACAGAGAAUAAUACAAUCAAUUGGCUAUCCCUUUACACUGUAGAUAGUUUAUAGAAUAUUUCGCAUUAUUGACUACCGCAAUUAUGGCUAUUUUAUUCAAAAGGAACACGGAACCGAUGUGUCAAUAUAUUCGUGUCCGAUAAAUAUUUUACUACGAAUUCUGUAGGGGUCAAUAUUUCCAGAAAAAACUUUGGAAAAAACAAAAAACAAUUGUAUACUUUUUGUACGUUGAUAUUUUUGCCUAUCAAAAUAUAAUCCACACCAACAAAAUCGACUGUGCCGGUUUUUCGUAUUCGUGUAAAUAAAAUUACACAAUAAGUACCCGUUAUAUUAAAUUUUCAUUAUCUUCAGGCAUUGAUGUAGGCAGAUAAUGGUAUAAUAUAAAAAAAUAUUUUUUGAAAUACUCAAAAAAUAAUAAUAAAGUAUGCAGAUGUCUGGUUGUUGCACCGUAAAAUUAUUUGUCUACUUAAAAUGUAUACAAAUAAUGUAAUUAAUAUUGCGUUGUUUAAACCUUGUCAUAGGUAGAUGUGUUAAUAACAUAUCUUAUAUUUUCUUUUUAUACACUUUAUAAAAAAAAAAUAAGAUAUAAUAAUAAAUUAAAUACAGUAUGACUAACAUUUGGUGCAAUAACCAGACAUACCCGGAUAUGUCUAGCUGUUACAGACACGGAUCCAGAGCAAAGAUCUGGGGGAGGGCAACAAUUUGUUUAAAACAUACAAAUAUACAAAUAUAAAAUAUACAUAAUGUAUAUUAUUUUCUCUUACAUAUUAGUGAUUGGAAUAAGUAAUAUCAGGAUCUCUAGAAUUAAAAAAAAAAAAUCGUAGAAAUAAUAUAUCUGGGGGCUGGGCCCCUAGGUCCCCCUAGGAUCCGUCCCUCAGCUGUUGCAACAAAAUAAAAACCAGAUAUCUCCAUUCGUACAAUAUCUCUGUAUUUAAUGAUCGAAUUUCUCUAAUUGUUGCACCAAUCGACGUACCUAUAUUAUUUUUAACAAUAAAAGUUGAUAAACUGAUUUUUGCCAAAAUAUGGAUGUGUCUGAUUGUUGCCGCCAGGUCUUCUAUAAUGUAAAUAUUAUAUUCCAUACUGCCCAUACUGUUGUACCGAAAUUAAAAAAAAAAACAAACCAAAAGUUGUGCUAUUUAAAACGUAUAGUUAAAAAAAAAAUAAAUAUUAUUAUUAUUUUGAGUGCAACUAUCUCUUAUAUAUAUUUUAAAAAUUGUAUUAAUUUCAAGGUUACCUAUUAUUCAUUGACUAAUAUAGUCUUCACAACUCUUGAAUAGAAUUAAAUAGAUAUAUUAAAUUUUGGUCGUUUUAAGUAUAAAGAGAGCGAGGUAGUUUUACGCGUUUUAAAGUAAAUGUAUCGCGUGAAAUUAACACAUAUUCGGUGUAUUAUUUCUAAACGAAAGUCAAUGCUAACCCCAGAGAGGGGCAAGUAGAGCGGCCACACAAAGCUCCGCAAAUUAUGUAUUCCGAAUAUCACUUUAUCUAUAAAUAAUCAAUAAUAUUGUACCGAUAUUAAUCAAAUUUCGACCUAUGUACCGAGUGGUUUUCUCAGUACACGGUUUGUUAUCGGUGUAAAUAAAGAUGGGAUCAAUUAUACAUAUUUCCAGGUUACAUAAACGACCAAUAACUAGUUAUCGAAACGAUAACAUCAUAAUCAGAUCAAUAAUAUGUUUGGCUGUUGCAAAAACUACUUUUAUCUUUUAUCGAUUCGACAAAUAAUGACUUAUUGAAUCAAUGAUUUAGAGGCCUGAUUUUGAUUCGAUAAGUAAUAAAAACAGUCCCAUAAUUAUUUAUUGAACUGAUAAUAAGCUUACAUAUUUAUUUUCGCCCGCGCCACCCAGUAGCCGCUCUUUGCUUACUUGUUGGUUAUUGAUUUAAUAUUUUAUCCUGCGGUUAUGCAUUUUAUUAGUCCUUUUUUUUAUUUUUAUUUAUUUAAUAAUGUAUUUAAAUUCAUCAUUUCAAAAGGAUAAUAACAAAUAACAACCGAUUUAUCAUUUAUUGAAUAUACCACACUACUACGACCAAGGUAAGUUAUCAAAUAAUUAUAUUUUAUGCAACAGUGCUGUACUAUAUGGACUCGAUAAAGAUAUUUGCAUAAUAGUUUAUCGAGCCGAUAACAAACAUUAUCGAGCUGCAUUUAUCUAUUGUUAAUAAAAUAUUGAUUGUACCUAAGUACCUACUCAUUUUGUAUCUAAUAUAAAAAUACAAUUUGAUUAGUUUAUGCAUAGGUAUACAAAUUUAGAUUUCAAACAAAACCUUAAAGUUUAUAAAACUAUAUGAAAAUAAAGUAAGUUCGUUCGAAAAUAAAAUAAAUAUAAAUAUAUGAACAUAAAUAUGCAUGUGACCCCGCAAGAAUCUGCACCAGGCCCCGAAAUCUAUCGGGCUGGCAGUAACGAAAGUGUUUUCCGAGAAAAAAACGAUUUUAAAACGAAGAAUCAUACUAUGCUGUCUUCUGUUAAUAAAAUAUCUUUAAUGUAACCGUACAAAUUAAUAAUGCCUGUUAUAAUCUCUAGGCGAGUAAACAUAAUAAUAAUAGUAUUCAACGAUAUUAUCCCGUUCAAUUUAAUGCUGUCACGCGCGAAGGGUAUCGAAUAGUCAAUACGGUUCGUUACGGAAAUUAAUACUCAACAGUCAACACAAGUAUCACUAUAAUAUAUUAUGUAUAAAUUUGAGCAUUUAUUAUUUUACGUGACUUAAUGUUAUAGCUUACAUUCGUACUUAUAAAAUCUGUAAAUACGCCUACAUAAUAUAUUAUAUCAACAAUUACAUUAAAACUGUUAUAAUAUAUUAUUAAGAUAAACUAAACGUGAUAUUUUGAAUGUGCGACGUAAAAAUCAAGUUACAAUAACGUUAUUUAAUAUUUUGUGUGUUGAUAAUGGUAAUAAUAAUAAUAAUAUUUACUUCUCAAUACAAUAGCAAUAUACAUAAAUUAUCUUACAAAAUAAACCAGCUCAUACGCAUAUCUUGUGAUAAGGAAUGGUGUGUUUAAAACGAGAGUAUAAUGUAAUAUAUGCAAUAUGUAAUAUAAACAAAAUAAUUACAAUAGUAGGUAGAUACAUUAAAUUAACAUAUUAAAUAUUAUAAACAGAGAAAAAAAAAAUGAAAAAACUAUCAUAUAAUAAUAUUAUUAAGGUCUAAAGAGUAUAAAAUACUAAAUAUAAUUGUUUUUUUCUCGAUGAUUUAAGACGAGAUAUUAAUAUUAAAUUUGUCGCACAAAACAGUUUCAAGAAAAAUAACACUUCUCUGACUGAAAACAUUUUUAAAACUAAUUCAAUUAAGAUUAGUUAAUUAUUUAUAACUUGUAUUAUGCUCAUGUUUAAUGGUAAAGCUAAUGAUGUCCAUUUUUAAUAAAUGGGUAAAAAUGUUUAAUUAAUAUUUCAUAGAUAUAAGAUGAAUAUUACUUAUUUGAAUAUUUGUAUUCAUUUGCAGGAUAAUAUUCCCCGCUAAGCAAGCUCGUGUAAGGAUACAGACAAUAAUCCUUCACAUAAUAACAAAUAGUAAUCUUAAUACAAAUAAUAAAAAAAAAUAGAGCUGAGGACGGAUGCGGCCACUGUUGUAGGUGGAUAGUUGGGAAGAUAGGAUACAUAAAGUUAUUUAAUUUAUAUCUGUAACUAACGAUAAACCAUUGCUUUAUUUUCAUCAAAAUCUGAUUUUAAAACUCUUAUAAAAAAAAUAUAUAUUUACUACAUUGGUACAUGAUACACAAUAUUUUCUUUACCAUUAAGUACAACGUAUAAUGAAAAUACUGUUAAAUUUUCAAACAUUUCUGUUUAGUCUAACAAAUUUGUCCACAGUAUAAGUACCUUGGUACCAAAUAAAAAUUAAGUAAAAAAAAACUAGCAAAAUGUAAAUGUCUAUAAAUAACUCAAAAAUGACUUAAAUAUUUUGAAGGUGUAAUCACGUCUAGAAAAAACAAUUACAAAUUUUCUGUCAAAUUUUCAAGUUUCUACAAAUAUAUUAAACAAAUUUAUAUUCAAAAAACAAAAUUUAAAAUAAUAACAUAAUUAUUUUCGUAAAUUUUCCGGUAAUUUCUAUGUAUUUUCGGUUUUGUCCAAUUAUUUAAAUAACUACAAAGAAAAUUAAAAAACGACUUUCUCUGUUAAUGGCGAAAUAUUAAAAGGAACAAAAUCAAUCUCUAGUCGUUUUACGAUUGAAGUAAUAUUUCUGGUACAAAACAUUAGUUGCAAAAAUUAAAAACAAUGAAAACGAUAAAGCUGCAACACACCGUAAAUAUUUGCCAUUUUACUUAUAACUUUAUUUUAGGUUUUUUCAAUUAUUUAGAAAACCCCUUAGAAAAUCAAACAAUUACCAAUUAUAACGUGUUUUCGUACCAGAAGUUCUCACUUCUCUAUAGCAGGCAAAAUAUUAGCGCCUACACCUCAUGAAAAUAAAAUCUUUUUUUUUUUUUGAGUACCUACCUAUAUCAUGUAUUUAAACAAAAUAUAUGCCAAUCAAAAUCAAUAGAAACGCGACAUAAUGCGUACAAUGUGUUGUUUCGUUAAAGUUUCGAUCAGACCUUAAAGUAACUCGAGAACAUCAUAAAAUAAUUUGUUUAUAUUGCUUGUUAGUAAAACCAUGUAAAACUAACAUACUUAACGGUAUAUACAAGUAUAAGUAGUAUACAAGUUCGCGAGCUAAUUAAUUCUGUUCCCACAUAAUGUUAUAGAAAUUAAUACUAUCUAGCGCAAAACAAACAAAAUUAAAAUGUGUUAUGUUUAUUCAAUCGAACAAUCCGGCUUUUUUGUUUUAAUAUUCUUGAUUUUUAUUUAUUUAACAUUUAUAUAAGUACCAUAGUUCUACCAAAAACAUUAUUAUAUUAUAUUUAUAUUAUGAAUAUAAUAUAUAGUUUCGUGUAGGUGGUUAGAUUCACUACGAUCAUUUAAAAAUUAAAAUUUUUUUUUUUUUUUUGGACCAUGUUCAAAAUUCUGGUUUUACAUAGUUAUUAAAAAGUUUUUAUUAUUUUUCCAUUUCAGGUAAUAAAGAUGUUGGUCAUUGUCGUUGGAUUAUUCGUACUGUGCUGGUUACCAUUACAAACGUAUAACGUGCUCCAAGAUAUAUUCCCGUCGAUUAAUCAGUAAACGAUACAUUUUAUUUUAUCGAUUUUAUCAUACAUAACAAAAAUGAUUUAAUGAUUAUACGGUUUAACAUUUAUUUUAGGUUCCGUUACAUCAACAUCGUAUUCUUUUGCUGCGAUUGGCUAGCAAUGAGUAACAGCUGUUACAACCCUUUUAUCUAUGGAAUAUACAACGUGAGUAUACAGCAGUGUAUAUUCCUACCAUUCCUAACCAUUAAUUGUGCAAUAAAAAAACCGUAUUGCACAUUAAAUUUAUUAAAAACAUAAAAUAUUACGCGUCUAAUUUGCAAUAAACUUUAUACAGUCAGAAACAUAUUCGUUUUAUUAUCGUACUCUAAUCCGAAUUAAUUUACUUCAAAAUUAAAUUAGGUACCUAACUCUAGUUUGAAAUAUUUUUAAUUUGUAUCGUUGAAAAAUAAAGUAUUUAAAUUCAAAAUGUUCAAAAACCAUAAUAACAUUACAACAUUUAUAUGAUAAUUUACAAGUUACACAUAAUAAUAAUAUAUUAAUUCUAGGCACAACUGAAACUAAGAUUUUGAUAGUUUUUCUUAACGUUUUAUGAGGUUCAAAUCUUUUUCGAUUUCAAUUUUGUAAUAAACGCUAGUUUUAAUUAAGAUAGUGUUUUCUCGGAAAACACUUUUUCCUUUUUCGCUUAGUAUAAAUUACUUAUUGGGCUGUCACUCUAAAUGUGGAUUUCCCAUCCAGUGUUGUAGGUGGGUACCUUUAUUACUUUAGGUACUUAAUUUAAAAAAAUUUUCUAGAUUCCCAACAGUUUUCUAUAAAAAUUAAAAUAACUGACAAUUGCAAAUGACGAUACAUUUGUUUUAUACUUGUUAAUUUUCAAUUUACCUGUAAUAUUACGAGGGGAAAAACACAACUAAUACUAUAAUCUACGCCGUCUUACAGUAGAUUCUACUGUAAGAUAUCAACGAGUCCCACUUAAAAUUGUUUUUUAAUAGCAAUGAUUUACCGUUGCUUACAGUAUUUUCAAAUACUGAAAUGACUAAAUUACGCUACAUCAAAUACACCUUUUUAACUUCUCAACUACAAUAAUUGUUAUUAAUUAUUAAUAGUAGUUAUCUAUCAUAACGCGGUGCAAAGUAUAAUUGUUUUUUUUUUUUUAAAUUUCCAUAGACAAUUUGACAAUAAUAACAACAAUUAUAUCAUCAUAAUUAUAUAUUAUUAUUAUUAUUAUAUUCGCCGUAAUAUUCAGAAAAUUAUUCAGAAUAUUUGGAAAUUAAAAUUGAAUUUGUGUUCAACGCACUCAUAAAUUUUACUGGACCAACGUCAAUUGUAAUUACCUGUUACCUAUAUUUAUAUUAUUAAAAGAAAGCAUUUAAUUAUGAAAUAAAUUAAUUAUAAGUAUAAAUAUAUAAUGGCUAUUACUUAAUACAAUAAUAAAUUAUCAGUCUGCUAUGUAUCAUAUAUUGUUUUACAUUCUGUCAUAACGAUUCGCAAAUUAAAUAUACAAAACGUUUUUCAUUUCUUUGUAAUUAUGAAAAAUGCAUUAUCUUCUCGUAAUAUUCUAAUUUCGCGUUUCAGCAUUUCAGUGUUGAUGACUUUUUUUUAUUUAAAUUUCGCAAUAUUUAUACAAAAAAAAAAAUUGGCGAAAUUGACAUUAUUAUAAUAAAAUAAUGGUAUAUAAGUAAAUUACAACAAAGAUAAUUGCAAUUCAUUUUAAAUUAUGCGCUUUCUUAGUGGAUUCCUACACUUGCGUACAAUAAAGGAUAAAUAUACUGAUACUAUAAUCCCCUCCAAAAAGUACUUUAGGCCGCAUAUUUUCAUUUAUUUUUUUUUGGGAGGGGAGAUGGGCUGGGAGGAAUUUGUCACUGCGUGUAAUUAAUAAAAUAUAUUAACAUAUAAUUAUGUUAAUUGUAUGGAACUAGAACAGCUAAAAAAUAUUACGUUUUCCACCUACCCACAUCUUGCAACAACUGGCACCGUACAAGUUCCUCAAAUAUCUAUUUACGCCGGUGCAAACAUAACAGUGGAUAAAGGUAUUAACUAAACAUUCGCAAUUCGUCACAGAUAUUACGGGCUGCACACUUGUUUGAUACUGUAAUAAUCUAUACAGUUAUGUGUUUGUACGAAAAUAUAAACGGAUUCACCCGUAUCAGUUCAUACGUACCUAUUCGGGUACAAGUACAAAUGUCAAAUUCUGACAAUAACACAUUAUUAUUUUAUUAACUGAUCAUGUAUCAAUAUUAUACAAUAUCAUUAAUCAAUUUAUAAAACCUCAAAAUAAUCGACCGUAUUAUUUGCUAACUAUUAUUGUACGGCGAUCCGUGAUACGUCAAUAAAAUACAAUAAAACGCAAUUUCGAAAAACAUAAACAAACGACACCCGGUACCGGUAUUCAAAAUUUCGAACAUUAUUUUUAACAUCUCAAUUAGGGACACAGCCGGUCAACAGAACCGCAAUCGAAUCCGAUUUUUUUUUAUUUUUUUUUAUUUGAUUUCAAAUAACGGCAGGUACAAAACAAAUGUGUAAAAUAAAGUUAGAACAAUCGGACUCUUUCAAUAACAAACGUUUCUCCAAAUAAUUUAACAUGGACGUAGCGGGGUGAGUGUUCCUCUUUCCGGGCAAAGAAGAAAAAAAAAACUAAUAACAAUUAAAUGUCUCGGGGCCGGAGUGCGUCGUGUCAACGUCUUUAUCCGCUGUCCCCGAGCCCUCCCCUCUCACGAUACGGAAAGUACAAUUGCACGCGUUAUAACGCGCGCCAACACCGUUACAGGAGAAAUUCAAACGGGAAUUCCGCAUAAAACUGCGUCAUUUCCGGCGCGGACGUUUCGGGAAACCCAACGCGAGUCACGGGAGGUCCGCCUCGUGCCGGUCCACCACGCUGUCGGAAUGGAAACGCGGGUAUUCGACGCGCACCCACAGGACCAACGUGAACGGGUGCGCGGCGGCCGCGGCGGCGACGGCGGCGGCGGCCGAGUGUUCGCCCAGACGGGACGAACUGGAGAUGUACGUGUACAAGUCGGGCAAGAUCACGUUGGUCAAGUGCGGCAGUCAUUCGGACCUCGAGGAACUGUGCCUGUGAACGGCGCCGCGUACAGUCGAACGCCGACCGAACGAAACGCGCCCCACACAAUAAUGACGUUACAAUAUACCGAUCGUUGUAAACGCCGCGUGUAAAUAACCAUAUUGUUGCUGGAUUUUUUUUUUUUUUCUAUACGUGUAAAAUAAUUUCGAUUAUUGUUUAUAUAAAACCGCGUUCGUGUGCGUGUAUGUGUAUAAAUAUAUAUAUAUAUAUAUAUGUAAAACUAGCCGUGUAUACAGUGUGCCCUAUAGUGUUAUCCGAACGCCAAUAACUCUUGUCCGCGUGCAUUAUUUUUUCUUUCCAAUCUGGUUUUGUGUACGGGUGAAUACGAAUGUAGAGGAAAAUUAAUAAUCACUGAAAACAAAAAAUGACUACUUUUUCACUUUUUAAAAUUUUCAAAAUAGCCAUUUCGUAAAAUAUUUUAUUGUUCCAAAAAUGUAAACGUAUAUGCACUCAUAUUCGAUUUAUAGUUUCUUAUAGUGGUUUUGAUGUAUAGAAAAUAAGCGUGAAAACAAUUUUAUUAAUAUUCAAUAGAAGAUAAAGAAUUACCGUGCAGAUUGUGAUUCCUCAUCGCGCAACAUGUUAUUCUAUUGAAAAUUACCUAAUUGUUUUUAUAACAAUUUUCUAGGAAUUUCAAAUGUUCAAAAUAAGUGAUUAAGGUAUGAAAAUAAAAAUUUAAUUUUUUCCGUAUAUUUGUGUCCCCCCGACACAAAACCCGAUUGAAAAAAAAAAAUAAACAUUGACAGAGUAAUUAGCACAAGGAUGACACUGUAAGACACUCUGUAUUGCAGAUUGUCCUAAAUAUAUCGUUUUACAUUCGUAUAAUACUAUAUCAUAUCAUAUAGGCGGACGCCAGACGUUCCGUAUUAAAAAUUACGAUAAUAUUUUGUCCUUUUUUUUCAAAUGCAAUAAAUGUCCCGACACCAGUCUCUUCGGCACACCAAAAUGUCCCAUAUUAUAUCCCUUUUUUUGUUCGGU